CAAUUAUUAUACUUUACUCCUUCCCUUGUCUGCACAAAAAUGGAAAAUUUAGAAGCCGCCGGAAACAAAACUUCUCCUCCAGCUGCUCAUCAUCAUGAUCAUCUUCAAAAGGCCGCAGCUGCAGAAAAAGAAAUCAUACAACAAGAAGGUGAUGGAACUAUUAAGGGCAUUGAUGACUUUUCAUGCCUCCCUCCAGGCUUCAGAUUCCACCCCACUGAUGAAGAGAUCAUCAAGAACUACCUUACCCAGAAGGUUCUUGAUAAUCAUUUUGUGGCAGUAGCCAUAGGUGAAGCUGAUCUUAACAAGUUGGAACCCUGGGAUUUACCUAGGAUAGCAAAAUUGGGAGAGAGGCAAUGGUGGUUCUUCUACAGGAGAGACAGGAAGUACCCGACCGGAAUGAGGACGAACAGGGCGACAGGUACGGGUUACUGGAAGGCCACCGGAAAAGAUAAGGAGAUCUUCACGGGAAGGGGUAAUAACUGCCUGAUUGGAAUGAAAAAGACCCUGGUUUUCUAUAGAGGUAGAGCUCCUCAUGGGGAGAAAAGUAACUGGAUCAUGCAUGAGUUUAGGCUUGAAGGCCCCCACUCUUACCGCUACACCCAAAAAGCAGCAUCAACUAGGGAGGAUUGGGUGGUGUGUAAAGUGUUCCACAAGAGCGGCGCAGGAGUUGGAGCAGUAGGAGUCCAAACGGAGAAUAAUGAUGAGAUUGAUUAUUCAUUUGUGGACGACUUAAUCAUGAUUCCAACCCCAUCACCACCAUCGGCUGACGCUCCGGUGACCGACUAUUUCCAUGUUCCGGCUACGGGUGAUGGCUCAUCCUCGUCAUCAACCGAGUUACUUCUUAAUAUCGGCCGAUCCGACCAAGACUAUUUCAAAUCAAACCAACAUAUGAUAAUGCCAUCAUAUAACUCCAGUGGUAGUGAGGGUCAUGCCUCGGGACGACAAUCUAAUUUUCGUCCCGGGACAGACUACAUUUCCCUUCCUUCCAACAAUAACCCCACGGGACAUGGCAACCCGAACAACCCCAUGUUCUUGCACUCGAACCCGCUACCACUUCAGGUGGUAGGAGGUUCAAUGUUACAAGUGGAAGGAUUUUCGGUCAACAAGGUCAAUACUUCCUCUGAGGAGACAAUGGGGUUAAGCCCCGAGGUUGCCACUACCGAAACAACCUCGGGGGUAUCGAAGUCGAAGGAGACCGGUGAUGUUCAGAGCAGCCAGCUGGCGAUAUUUGAGGCCGACCUCGACAGAGAUCCAUCGUACUAUCAUGGUAGUCAUGACGGCAUGGGGGAUGGUGAAGGUGUUGAUCAUUACUCCAUAUGGGACUACUAGCUGAUCCAUCUAAAGAAACAGGAAGAAGAGCAUAAAAAUAAUAAUCUUUGAGUCUAUGGUAACUUAAAUUAUCUUAAUUCAGAUGUAUUGUGUUUAUACAUUUCAUCCAUGUAAGCAUUAGGUAUAUACCAGCACGUUAUACUUAUAUUAAUUAAUUACGUUACAUCUAUAUAUAGGCUACGAUUAUACGAAGUAUAAGUUAUUUGUUGAUUUCGUUUGUUUGUAUCUUGCCGACAUACAUGUAUUAUACAUUUGUAUAAAUUA